AUGGGGGAAUGCAUCGUUACAGAUGUAUCAUUACCACCUCGUUUUAAUUUAAAAAACAUACAAGAAAAAGACGAAGAUACAAUAAGUCAUACUAAUUCAAUCAGUGAAUCAAAUGAUUCAUCUUAUGUGCCUGAUUCAGAUAUUUCUGAAAACAGUAUAGAAGACAAAAAUAAUUCGAAAACUUUGAUGAAAGAUGAAAAUCAAAAUUUACUUAAAACAUCAAAAAAUACAACUCUAGAAAUGUCACUUUCGCUUGGACAUAAUGCACCAGACGACACAAAUAUGUUUGUAAAAACUGUGGAAUCUGGAAAUAAGAAAGAUUUUUGUAUUUAUUGCCAAACGGAACAAUCCAAGUUGAGUCGUCACCUUAGCAGAAAACAUAGAAAUGUAAAGGAAGUAAAAGACAUCUUUUAUAUUCCUAAGGGACGACCAGAGCGUGAAUUGAAAGUUAUGCGUCGUCCUAAAUAUAAUAAAAAUGUUAGUGAUUUUUCUAUAUGCUCGCAAUGCAAGGGUAAUUAUUUCAAAUCAGCCAUUCGACAUCAUUAUAGAAGAUGCAGUAAACAAAAUUCUACAAAUAAUAGAACUAUAUUAGCCAAAUCAACAAAAAUUACAGGUCGAAUCCACGAAUCUGCGUGUAAAAUUCUCCGACAACGCGUUUUUCCAACAUUAAGAAAUGAUAAUGUUUCAAGAGUUAUAAGAUAUGAUGAAUUGGCUAUUAAUUAUGCAAACAAAUUAUGUGAAAAAUUUCAAGAUCCUCACUUUUAUGAUAUGAUUCGACAAAAAUUGCGUUUGAUUGGUCGUCUACUUCUUGAAAUGAAGAAUCAAAAUGACAAAAUCGAUGAUCCCUUUACAAUUUUUGUACCAAAUAAUUAUGAUAAUUGUCUCAAAGCUGUUAGAACCUUAGCAGGUUUAAAUGAAUCAGGAACUGGCUUUAAAACUCUAUCAGUGGCAACAUCUUUGGGUACUUUACUCAAACAACUUUGGAAGCGGUGCAUUACAAUAAUGAUAAAGAGACACGAUAAAGAAAAACGAGAACUUGCAGAACAAUUUUUAAAUCUGUUAACAGAAGAUUAUUCUUUUUCUAUUGCUCGAACAGCUAUUGAAACUCAGCAUCGAAGGAAAAGAUACUCAAGAAAAUUAUUACCAACUCAAGAUGAUAUUAAAAAAUUAGAGACUUAUUUAAAUGAUACUCUAAAAACAUCUUACGAUUUAUUAAAGCAAGCAUUUUCUUUAAAUUUAUUUAACCGACGUAGGCCAGGAGAAAUCGAACGUGCUUUAAUUGAAGAUUUUCAGAAUUAUGAAUCAGUGAAUGAAAAUACAAUAGGUACAUCUUACCUAUCGCUUAGCAACGAUGAAAAAAAAGCAGCAAAGAAAUAUGUUCGAUAUACUAUGAGAGGAAAAUUAGGCCGCACUGUACCGGUUUUACUUCAUAAACAAAUGCUAGAAAAUUUACUAUUACUUCUAAGCCAUCGUAAAACUGCCAAUGUUCAUCUAAAAAACCCAUAUCUUUUCGGAAUACCUGGCAUAAUAAAGGGAGACUAUCGUUAUUUAAGAGCAUGUGAUCUUAUGAGAAAAUAUUCAAUGGAAUGCGGAGCAUUAAAUCCAGAUAGGUUGCAAGGAACUAAUUUAAGAAAACACAUAGCUACAAUGUGCACUAAUUUAAAUUUAAAAGAUUACGAAGUUUCCGAUUUGGCUAAUUUUAUGGGUCAUGCAGAUAAAAUACACAAAGAGCAUUAUCGGCAGCCCAUUUUAACUAGAGAAAUAUUUCAAGUAUCUAAAUUAUUAGAAAUUGUACAUGGAAAAGACAGUGAUGAGAAAAUAGAGGAAGAUGACAUAGAGCAAAAUAAUUUUCAUCAAAGUAUACUUUCGCAUGAUAGUAAUUCUAUACAAGAGUCUGAAAAGCAAUCUAUUAAUACGAAUAAGCGAAAAUUUAAUGAUUCAUUGAAUCUUGAAGAAUCUAAUACAAGUGAAAAUAAUACAGAACAAAAUUCUUUAGGAAACGAAUCUUCACUAUCAUUUUCACAAGUGAAUCAUAAGAAUAAAAAAAAACGAUCAACAUCUCCAUUUGGAAAAUGUGUUCGACAACGUUGGACUGCAGAAGAAAAAAAUAUUGCAUACACAACAUUCAAACAGCAUAUUAUUUCAAAAAUUUUACCUUCUCUGAAAGAAAUUCAAAAAUUAAAGGAUUCGAAUCCCGGUAUUUUUAACAGAAAUCCUGCAGCAAUUAAGACAUGGUGCAAUUCUAUUUUAUUGCACGACGCCAUGUUGCACUGUAACUGCUUCAUCUUGGGAGCUGCAGUAACCGCAGUAGCAAUAUGGCUACCAUUUAUGACGUCAUUGAUGGAACUAGAUGCUGUCGCAGCACACUGCGUGCUAAUAACGGAACAAUUUUUCAGCACUGCCAGUACUGGCAGUGUAUAUCGGAACACACCCUAUGUUGUAUUAAGUUUGAAAGAUUGA